UCGUUUAAUUUAGUCCCAAAUAAUCCGGAUUAUAAUUGAAUCUCAAAUUCCAAUCAUGCAUUCAGUUUCAUUAGGCAGUAAUAAAGAAUUUAAAAAAUUUCAUUUGAUCAGCUGAUUUCUGUCAAAAUCUUCGAGCAAAUGAUUGUCAAUCGUCUCUAAAAUCAGAAAACUCGGCUGUCAAUUUACAAGUGUUUACAUUUGCAGAGUUGCUGUGACUCUGAAUCUAAAAGAAAAUAUAAAUAAAGAGUCGAAAACUAUGAGAAAUAAUCUUGUUUGAUUGAAUUGUGAUAAAAUAACCUCAAAAGUAUUUUAAAGGCAGAAAUGUGAAUUCUGCGUUAGUAUCUGAAAAAAAUCAAUACCCUGAUUGUUUUGUUGUGCAACGUCAUUUGUAGGGUUUCGUUAACUAAAAGUGGAGGAAAAAGGUGUCUCGGUUCAGGAUCAUCGCGAGUGAUAAUAAAUAAAUAUUUUAAUUAUGAAGAAUGGUAGCAAACUUUUGAGAUCGCUCCUAAAAGUUUCGGAAAAGGCUGCAAAUAUUGCGAGAGCCUGCAGACAAAAUGAAGUUCUUUUUGAAUUGCUCAUUCAAGAGAAAAAAAGCGUUGAGAAAAAUCCGAGGUUCUUCCAGGAUUUCAAGACACUUGCUGAUGUUCUCAUCCAGGAAACCAUCAGGCACGACAUCGGAGUUGAGUUUCCAGAACUCGCAAAGAUGAUAAAAGGUGAAGAGAACAAUACAUUCAGCAACACACUGGGAGAAACAAUCACUGUCAAGGUUUGUCCCACUUUGGCAGAAACAACAGAAUUAUUGGCAAAGGUUUUAGAUAACGAUGAAAAAACGGCUCAACUUUUGUCGAGGGAAGUUCACCGAGAUGUUGUUUUAACAGACGUGCCUGUCAAUAUUGUGGAUGUGCCAACUGAUUUUGAAGUUGCUAUCGAAGAUCUCAGAAUAUGGGUUGAUCCGAUUGACAACACCGCUGAUUAUAUUCAUGGAUUCGAAUCGAAAGACGAAGAAUCUGGAUUACAUAUGACUGGUUUGUACUGUGUUACUGUACUUAUUGGGGCUUAUUUACAAAGUACUGGAUUACCUGUGAUAGGCGUGGUGAACCAGCCAUUCUACGAAAAAAGAGAUACAUUAUGGAAAGGAUCUUGUUAUUGGGGAUUACUGGACAAUGGAAUGAAAUAUUGUUCCAUCAAGAAAUCUGAAGACGAAGAGCGAACUUUGAAAAAAAAGGUUCUGCUCAGUCGUUUCGAGGAUCCAGAAAUAAAAUCUAGACUCAUUGAAAAUGGUUUCACCAUAAUUGAAGCGGCCGGUGCCGGUUACAAAAUUUUGAGCGUUGCCACCGGUCAAGUUGACGCUUACAUUUUGACAAAAGCUUCGACUUAUCGUUGGGAUACUUGUGGUCCUCAGGCUAUUUUGCAAUCUCUAGGAGGUGGAAUUCUAGAUUUUGAAAACUGUAGACAAAAUCCUGAAUUGAUAGAUUUGGAUGUUAAUUAUUCAAAUUCGAAACUUUCGAACAAAGGUGGCUUGAUUGCGUACAGGGACUUGAAUACCUUGAAAACUCUUCGUCAUAUAAUAUUUCAAUAGAAAAUUAGAAUUUUGAGAGAAGGUGCAAUGUACUUAUCUAAUCAUUUUUAGUCGCACUGUGACUUAAUUUAUUUUAGUUCUUAGAAAUCUUAGGAAAUUUCAACUUCAAAGAGAAGUUACGAUAUUUUUGAUUUUUUUUUUGCAUGGGGUUGCUACAAAUCAGGGAAAUCUGGAAAAUUGGGGAAUUUGAGGGAAUUUAAAACUGGGUUGGGAAUUUUUUAAAGAAAAUUUUAAUAAGGUUUUAUAAACUUAGGGAAUGAAUAUACAUAUCAAUGAUGUUAA